CCUAUCCCUACAAGACUAUGAUAAACCGGGAUAAUACUAUACACACGGCGAUCCGAUAACCGCCCAUGGUGGCCCUCCUGGCCUCGUGGCCGCUCCCUUCUUCCUCCUCUCGCUUCCGCUGCUGCGAGGACUCUCUCAGCAGCGGCAGGGUGGCGCCUCCGAGCCGGUUCCCGGAGCGGGCGGCGGCGGCGGGGGGGACCGUCCCGCGGCCGCGGCGCAUCAUCCUUGUCCGCCACGGCGAGAGCGAGGGGAACGUGGAUGAGAGCGUCUACACCCGGGUGCCGGACCCCAGGAUCGGGCUCACAGCUCGAGGGUGGCAGGAGGCGGAGGCGUGCGGUGUCCGGAUACGGGAACUCGUCUCUGGCGACGGCGCCGACGACUGGAAGGUCUACUUCUAUGUCUCCCCCUACCGCCGGACCCUCGAGACGCUCCGCGGCAUCGGCCUGGCGUUCAAGCCCUCCCGAAUCGCUGGGGUCAGGGAGGAACCUCGCCUCCGAGAGCAGGAUUUUGGAAAUUUUCAAGACAGGGAGAAAAUGCGAAUUGAGAAAGACAUUCGUCUUCGCUAUGGCCGUUUUUUCUACCGUUUUCCCAAUGGGGAGUCGGCUGCUGAUGUUUAUGAUCGAAUAACAGCUUCAUAUUUAUGCAGUGUUACUGCUACAGGCUUUAGGGAGACCCUGAGGGCGGAUAUUGACAUUGGCCGCUUUCAGCCUCCUGGUGAACAAUCACCAAACAUGAACAUAGUGAUCGUAUCACAUGGCCUGACUUUGCGAGUUUUUCUGAUGAGAUGGUACAAGUGGACUGUAGAGCAGUAUGAGGGCCUGCAUAAUAUUGACAAUGGAGGAAUGCUGGUUAUGCAAACGGGUAGUGGUGGAAGGUACAGCCUACUCGUGCAUCACAGUGUUGAGGAGCUUCAAGCAUUUGGUCUGUCAGAACCGAUGCUAAAUGAUCAGAUGUGGUACUGGAUGGCAAAAGACUGCAAAACCUGGUGAACUGAAUUAUAAUUUUUUGACAAAUGGACCUGCGUUCUUUGGACAUUUUUGACUGGAAAUUUGGACUGUUUGGAAAGGAAAAAGGCCUACAGUUUCAUUUGCAGCCAUAUGACUAUCAAGCUUGGAUCCUUGAAGCUUUGUCCGACAGAUAUUUUUGCCGCAUGCACCUGUUCCUCUCAAUAGUGAUUGGAAUUGCCCUGACAGAUGUCUUGAAGCACAGAAAUUCAUAAUUUUGUAAAGUGUAAAAAAAUAAAUGUCACGAUGAGAAAUGCUAUAAUGAAAUCGUUGUUGCAAUCUAAUGGUGUUUUGUAUA